AUGACCGGCGGUGGUUUCCGCGGGGCGGGCGGGGUCCGGCGGCAGCGGCGGGCCCGGGCCCGGUGGGGCGGGGGGCGCGGUCCGGUCCCGCCCGCGCCCAGGCCCCGCCCCCGGCCCCGCCCCCCGACCCAAGCAACGGCGCGGGGGGGGCAGCGGCCCCGCGCCCCCCCCGCCCCGGCCGGGACCCCCGCGGGCACCGAGCGGGAACGCCCCGACCCCACGGGAACACCCCGACCCCACGGGAAAACCCGACCCCACGGGAAAACCCGACCCCACGGGAACACCCCGGUCCCACGGGAACACCCCGGCCCCAUGGGAACACCCCGGUCCCACGGGAACACCCCGACCCCACGGGAACACCCCGACCCCACGGGAAAACCCGACCCCACGGGAAAACCCGACCCCACGGGAACACCCCGGUCCCACGGGAAAACCCGACCCCAUGGGAACACCCCGACCCCAUGGGAACACCCCGGUCCCACGGGAACACCCCGACCCCACGGGAACACCCCGGUCCCACGGGAAAACCCCGACCCCACGGGAACCCCCCGGUCCCACGGGACACUCCCGGCGGGACCCCCCGACCGUGAGACCCCCACCCGCCCGGUGCCGCUGCCGCCUCGCCGCUCCUUCCCGAGCCGGGACUCCCCACCCGCCAUCUCGCCACGGCUCUCCCGUGGACACCGAGGGCACUUGGGAGCCCACGGCUCUCCCGAAAGCACUCGGAGGGGCCGCGGGCUGAGAGAGCCGGCGGGACGGGGCGGUCCCGUUGCUCCGCGGAGCGGGACCGUGCGUGGGCAAGGGGGGAACGAGCCCCGGCGCUGCACGGGCUGGGGUGACCCCGAUCUGAGGCACAGGAAUCGGAGCACUUUGCGGACGAGGGCGGCCGGGGGGACGACGCUGGGCAAAGCAUUCACAGAAGGCAGCGGCGCCCUUCGCACCGCGCGCGGCGCGGACGCGGUUCCGCGCUCGCGGGCGCCACCCGUGAUGCGCCCCCACGGCGGCAAAGCGCCCUCGGUGUCCCCUCGCCACGGUGCGGACCGGCCGCGGGGGAAGCUUCUCCCGCUCUCCGGUGGGGAAAGGGCUCCCCCAUCUCGGCCCCCACGAUCCCGCUUUCGGGACAUCCCCUCUCCUCGCAGACACCCGCGAAAAGCUCCGGCGGGGAGGGAACUCCGGCAGCGCCGGCGACAGCCGCGCACCCACGCGUGUCCGCUCUCGCCCCGCGGGCAGGCUGCGCGGAGCCGCCGCCGUGCCGGGCGGGGGGCGGCGACACGGCGCGGCGACACCGGCUCGAGUUUUCGUUGCGGCUUCGCCGCGGAGCCGAUGCGUGGCCAAGUCGUGGCCGCACGGUACCGCGUGCCCGCGCCCCGAUUAUAUUCCUCUGUUUAA